CCCUAACAGGCUCCUUGUAUUAUAGUUUGCUUUGUAAAAGUAUAUCAUUACUCUAAAUAUGACAAAUUGAAAGUCUAUGUAUCAGCAUCCUGUUGAAGUAAAUAAAUUGAUUUUUAAGUGAAGACAGUGGUUUUAGCUCUAUGACCAUAUGUAUUGUCGUGCCCUAAAAACUGGGCUUGUGAGACAAAGAGAAGCGACAGGGGUGGAGGAAACAUACUUGGAAAGGAGAUGAGGUUGGGUUUAAAGCUUUCCCCAUGGUUAAAAAAAAAGUAUACAACUUGAAUUGUUGAGUUCUUGACCUGACUCUGCCACUUAUUGGGAUUUUUUUUUUUAAUUACUAGCAUAGUCAUGUGUCCUCUGGAAUGCUGUUGUCUCUGUGGGGAAAUGCAUCUUCACUUCAGGUCUUGUGUUCAUGACUGAACCUUCCAAGAAAAAUCAUCGACUCUUAUGUACAGUGGAAAUGUGGAGGUUCUGAAAAGUGCCUUUUCUGAAAACUCUGCUGCUUGGAUUCUACUCUAGAGCUCUCUUUCCAAGCCCUCUCCCCACACACCCCUCCCCACCCCUGCCCCUAUAAAAACCUGCUGCGCUUGUAGUUCACUGUCAGCAACUUGCCCGUUUAAUUUUUCUCUCAUUCUCAGUUUUCUUAGUCAUUUUCCCUUCCCUUGAUUUUACACAACUAUUUUUUAGAUUGUAGCAUCCUCCCAACUCUAUUCUUCAGGGCAAAGAAUUGGGGAGAUAGACUUUUCUCCCCCUGAUUUGAGACCAUUCCACAAAUUGAAGGGCAGCCAGCAACAUAUGCUUUUUGUAAGAAUAAUUGAAAACAUCAACUAGGCAGCAUAGAAGUCUUUUGAAAGUCUGCCAGUUAUUUGAAGCAAAUUCAGCAAAGCAACAAAAUAUAGCAGUCAAUAUCUUAACUGUUAUAGUUGCCUUCUUAGGACUUGGUCUCUAAUUUGAUUUUUGGUUAUUCUGAUACAACGUUGACUGAAGAAGUGACUUUUUUGUGUUUGACCAGAUCAGACGUGGCUUCAGUGAGAACCUAAGUGCUAACAAACACACUCCAUCAAAGCAACCUGCUCUCACUUCACAUUUGGUUCAGAUUCACUUAGAUUCCUUGAACCAUCCGCAGUCAUAUUAUUGUCCGAAAGAAGGUGCACUUAAUUACCAUUUUGCUUUCAGUAUGACAGCUGUCAAUGUUGCUCUAAUUCGUGAUACCAAGUGGCUGACGUUAGAAGUCUGUAGAGAAUUUCAGAGAGGAACUUGCUCUCGAGCUGACACAGAGUGCAGGUUUGCCCAUCCGCCAAGAGUGUGCCAUGUGGAAAAUGGCCGUGUGGUGGCCUGUUUUGAUUCACUGAAGGGUCGGUGCAUUCGCGAGAACUGCAAGUACCUACACCCUCCGCCACACUUAAAGUCGCAGCUGGAAAUUAAUGGGAGAAACAAUCUGAUUCAACAGAAGACUGCCGCAGCCAUGUUCGCCCAGCAGAUGCAGCUUAUGCUCCAAAAUGCCCAGAUGUCAUCCCUUGCAUCUUUUCCUAUGAAUCCAUCAGUUGCACCUAAUCCUGCCAUGAAUUUCAAUCCUUACAUACCUCAUCCUGGGAUGGGCAUGGUUCCUGCUGAGCUUGUACCAAAUGCUCCAGUUCUGAUUUCUGGAAACCCACCUCUUGCAUUGCCAGGAAUUCCUAUUCCAAAACCGACUCGUACAGAUAGACUGGAGGUUUGCCGUGAAUUUCAGCGUGGAAAUUGUACCCGUGGAGAGAGUGAGUGCCGCUAUGCUCACCCUACGGAUGUUUCCAUGAUUGAAGUCACUAAUAAUACCGUGACAAUCUGCAUGGAUUACAUGAAAGGCCGAUGCGUCCGGGAGAAAUGCAAGUACUUUCAUCCUCCUCUACACUUGCAAGCCAAACUCAAGGCAGCUCAUUACCAGAUGAACCAUUCGGCUGCCACUGCAAUGGCCCUGCCACCUGGUACACUUCAGCUGAUACCAAAGAGGUCAGCCUUUGAAAAGGCCAAUGGUGUCACCCCGGUCUUUAAUCCAAAUGUUUUCCACUGCCAACAGGCUAUGGCUAACAUGCAGAUUCCGCAGCCUGCAUAUGUCCCUACAGGGACAGUACUGUGCAUGCCAUCCACUUCAACUUUUGUGCCCAUGAUGCACGGUGCUACACCUUCCACUGUGCCUGCAGCAGCAGCGCCUGCCACCAGCGUUCCCUUCGUUCCAGCAGCUACAGGCAAUCAGAUGCCCCAAUUAUCAGUAGAUGAACUGAAUAGGAGCAUGUUUGUUUCACAGAUGUAGAAGUUACCAGUAGAACAUUGAAAUUCUGAGCAGCAGAGUUACAGAAUAUCAGGAUCGCUCAACAAGAAACUCAACACGGCCUUUCUAUAUAUAUUCUCGUAUGUCCUUUUCUACCAACAGAACAAUAAGCAUGGUGCAGUCAAUAUAUUAAAGCACAUAUACCAGUUGACAAAUUCAAAUUUUAAAAAUCUGCGGAGAUGUUAAAGCAAAGAGAAAAUUAACCACUAUAUGUUAUCUUAUCUGAAUUAAUUGCAUAUGAAUUAGCAUAUAGAAUACAAGCUUUGUUGUGUAUAUGAAUUGUCAAAUCCGUGUUAUAUGAAUUUGCCAUCUGAUAUGAAUUACCAUAUUGAAUAUAACCAUAAAAUUUUGUGAUUUUCUUCCAGUAAUGAUUUGUGCUAAAUGAAUUCCCACAGUGUACUGUAGGCUCACUGUACAUUCUUGGUGGAUAAAUUCUGGUUUUGAAGUAUUACUUUACUGUUUUGUUUACAGGAUAGUCUAUUGGAUUGAUAUAGAAUGUAACUAAUAUUUCCAGUACCAUUUCCCCCAUUGGUAUAUUGUAUUAAAUUGGGCUCUGUUUUGCUUUUCCAUGCUAUAGUGUUUUGUUGUUUAUACAUGGUGUUUGAUUAUAAUUAGAAUGUCAUGUGGGGAACAGAAGUGUAUGUGAUUGAAAAACAUGAUAGGUUCAUGUUAAUAUGCUUUAAAACAUUCUGUAAGUUUCAUGAGGCAUACAUUUAGAAGGCCUCACUUUUGAAUGUGCACAAAACUGUUCAUAGACAUGUAUGUAUAGAAUCUUACCUGUAGAUCUGGCCUUGCACAGUCAAUAAUAUACUAAAUUUUUAAAAGAGAAAAUAAUUGCCUACAUAUGAUAGGAAAGUUCAAAUGUUAACCUCAAACUGUCCUCUUAAAUAACUUGAAAACCAAGUAUUCACAUUUUAAUAAAUUUCUUAGUACUUAUAAAGAUUAAGUAGAGUAGCCAUUACAUUUAUUGUGUCACAGGAAUCCGAUCUCUGAGCUUGAGUGUCUAAAAUUGUCAUUUGGCAUCUUCAGCUGAGAGAAACUGGUACUUACUGGUUUAAAGGUAUGCUAAUCAUAGGUUAUAAAUGAAGCAGAGAGAUGUGGGUGUGGAGACAGCUUUUAAUGUACUGGCAAAAAGUGUGUAAAACCUUCACAUACUAACCUUUGCACAAGUGUCAUUUUCCAAAUGCAAAUGGCUCAUGCUCUUUAAACUCUUCUUUGAAUAAUAAGUAAGAUGCAGUCUGGCAAAAGUCAGUCCAGGUGGAAAGAGAAUCGUUUCCAAAUGAGGCCUUACCUCCCCAAAUGGACAGUCUUUUUUAUUGAUCACAGAAGGAGGCUGAGUACAGCUUUGGGCAAAUGGCAGGGAUGGGGGCAGGGAGACAUUUAAAAUAACUUUGAAUAUGCAAAAAGAACUAGAAAGGAUUUCCACCAUUGUCUUUCAUGUUAGUUUAGCUGAAUUGCCAAUUUUUCUAAAAGCAGUAGUAUAGUAGCAAGCAUUUGUGCUAUAUUGGCAAGUGUUUCUCUGCCCAAACUUAAGCAUCAGAGAUUUUGUGUGUGUGUGUGUUUGUGUGUGUGUGUUUGUUUGCUUGUUUUUGUCUCAGAACCAAACCUAUUUUUGUCAUAUUUGAACUUACUUUGUGUGUUUCAAAAUUGUAGUCAGUUUUAGCAUCCUUUGGUUAAUAGAGAGUAGCAAUAUCCCAUGGAGGUGUGGUAUGAAUUCUUCUUACUAAUACUUAUGAAAUAAUCCUACAAAUACAGUAAUCCAUCUAUUUCUGUGACAUAUCAUGUACCUCUUCCACUUGACAGAGUUAUUAACAUUAUUAUUGUUAUAAGAGGGAGGGAACAUUGUCCAACAGCUGAAGUAGAUUUCAUAUUUUGUAUUCAAUAUGUAUUCUCCCACUGGAAAGUAUAAAAAUCAUCAAAUUUUUGUAUGGAUAAAGGUUGCUUUUCAUCAUCAAAACCAAAGAAAAAAACUUUUGCGAUACCAUCAGACAGGUAGUGGGAUUGAUAUGCAGAAUAGUGGAGUUGGAAAAAGACUUUAUUGCCUUCUCCAUGGUUUUAAAAACAGAGGGCAAGGCCAUGGGACUUGUGUAAGGUUACCUAGCCAUUGUGGGAAUCAACUGUUUCUCCUUUUUACAUCUUGCUUUGGAACAUUUGAGACUCCAACUUAUAGCAUAUCAGAUUGGCAAAAAAAAAAAAAAAAGCAAAAUUACCUCUAGUUGUUGGUAUCUAUUUGAUCUUAAUUAUCUAGGUGAAUCCUGUUCAUCAGUGAUUUCUAUAGUCUCUUUUUUUGUUAUGUUGGGCCUCUGCCCUCCAUUGCCAGAAGUUAGAGAUUGAAAGUUGUCUAUCCUUUUACCUGUAGAGUCUUUGAACCACUUAAUUUUUGUUUUCCAAAAAUCAUAAUUCCAAAAAAAAUUUACUUGGGCUAGUCUAGAUAUAGUUCUUAAUGGAUGUGGGAAUGUUUUGUGCAAAAUGAACUUUUUGUAGUUUGACAUUCUGAUGCAACGAAAUAUCUCAUUUAACUUCUUAAACUUUUGACAAAGAUAUAUGUAAAUGAUAAACUUAGAGUAGAGCUGUUCUCAUGUUGCUCUAAGCACUGGAAGAUAUUAAUGUUGACUUAUUUUUAGGAGGAGAUUCAGUGAGGAGCAUUCAGGGUAGUUGUCUUUUUGGUGAGAUGAGUUUCUGUAACAUACUGUUGGCAUUUUAAAAGUUGCUAGGUAUGUGAAGUUUAAGAAAGCAAGCUUAAAACUUGAAAUUUCUGAUCAAAGUUAACGGAGUUUAGAAGGAGAUGAAACUUUAAGAUAGCACUCUUUAGUUGUGCAAUGACUGAUGAUCUUAUUGAAGAAAAGACAAGUCAUUUGACUAUAAAUUGAGUUAACAAGGCCAGUCACAAUGAUCAGUGACUCUAAACAAAAAUUAACUGAAUCAUUUGUAAAUAAGCCAAAUUCUAAUCAGUUGUGAUUUUUGGUUAGCAUUUUGUAGUCUUUGUAUUUUACAGUGACCUCUAUCUUUACUUCUCCAAAAUUAUCAAUUUUGUCCAUCUUUUCAGCAUUUUGCCAAAAUUUGCAAGAACGCUGAAGUUGGAUAAAGCAUGUCAAAUGAGAUAAGCAACCUACUCUUGUUCUUUAAAAAGAGCUUAGUAGUUUCAGUUCUUACAAAAAGCACUAUGAAACCAUAUGAGUAUAUUUUAAAUAGGGACUAAGAUUAAAUUAAAAAUGGAUUCAUAAAUUGCUAUUUAAGUACAGUAUAUACUUUUGAAAGUGUAUGAAUCCACAUCCAGCUGUUCCUUUUGAUUCCACUUCUCUAGAUUAAUCUUUCAUUUUCAUCUAGUCAUGAAAGUAAUCUGCUUCCUACUCCAUCAGUCUUGCUCAUCCAUUUCUGAGCAUUGUAAAAGCACUUUGAUCUUGCCAGAGGUGUUGUGCUAUACCACUAGGCUUUGUCCACUGAUGGGAGCCCUCAACUCCUGAUCUCCAACUCAGGAAAAAACCAGUACCGCUCUCAGCUCUCAGAAGGAACCAAAUGAAAUUAGUGUUUUCUACUUGAAUUGGCUUUGAACAGCAUGACCAGUGAGACAGUGAUGUGUGAGGGAGGGACAGGAUCUACAGUGCAUUGUAGGAAAUGAUCGAGGCGGCUGAGGCGCCUUAUUCGAUACUUGGAGUGCCAGUUGGUUCUUUUCCUUGUCUUUGGUCGGUGUUGUUGAGGAUGCCCUUAGGUGAAAUGCAGCCCAAGUUUGCUAAGAUCUGUCAGUCUGUGGGAUAGGCUAUGGUAUGCAGAAUGCUUAGUAACUGUAGUUCUUUUCCCCCUUUCUAAAAGCUCUUCUCAAACUAGGUGAGUAGAGGGAGGGAAUCUUAUUUGAUUUGAUUCAUUUGAUGGAUUUUAUUCCCAGUUUUGGUUUGUAGAUUUAAUAAGAUAGUGACCUAGUUUUACCAGUGCCUGUCAGAGGUAGCAGAAUAAAAUAGCAGAUAAGAGAGUUUAGUUUUUCUUUGCAAGUUUAGCAACUGGUAUAAUCAAACUGUACAUUUAAUUACAAAUACAGGCACUGAGUACCAAGUCACUAAUUGGUGCCCUGUUUGCAUUUUUUCUUAUUGUUAGUUUUUAAGGUUUUUAUUUUGUACUACAUUUUUAUAUCUAAGUAACUAAUGAAUUUAAUUUUGAAGGAGAGUUAGAGAAAGUUUAAGUUUUUACUACAUAUAUUCAGACCAUCUCUGUAGGCUCUAAACUGACACUGUAGCAUAACACAGGAUAGAUUACAGUCCAUAACCAAACUCUACAAUUCAAAGUUUAAGAACAGAUUUAGUUUUGUACACAAAUAAUAGUUGUCAGCUAAAUAUAUUUAGUUGUUGCUUUGGCAACAAAACUUACAACAUGGCUACCUUUAGACAUGUAUGCAUGUAAAACUUUUAUUUGUAAGCUAUACAUGGUUCAUGACAAUGUGAACAUAUAGAAGAUACAGCUCAAAACUCAGAAAAUUGAUGAUGUUUUGAAGCUCCAUGUUCCAUGUAAAAUUUUACUUUGUUUCCUCAUGUAGCUUUUUGUUCAACACAUGGAUUCUGGAGGCACACUUUAUACUUUAUAGAAUUGGUUGUGUUGAUAGGGUUAUUCUACAGUAUUUUGACACCAGAACAUACACAGCAUAGAUAUUACCUGGCAUUUUUUUUCACACCUUUACUCAAAAAUUAUCUAUUCAUGUAGUGUCUGUAGCUCUAAAAAGUUUCUGUUUUCUGGAAUUGUAUACAAAAAUAUAUGUGAGGAUUAAAGCAUAACUAAAUAUUUGAAAUUAACUCGUAUUUGUGAAGCCACACGUAAAGAUACUAUAGAAUGACCCCGAGCAGUGUUUAAGAGGCAUAUGCUGCAGCUACCCGACUGCCUCAGUUAGGGUGCGAAUGUGUGAGACACACCUUUUUUGCACUUAUGUACAUAGUCCAUGGAAGUAAUCCUUGGAGCUUUUUACAAUAUAAGAAGUCUGGUAAUAGCGGAAAGUUAGUGAGAGUGAUUUCUGAGGGUCUAAGAUUAGUGAAAGCAUAGUGUUGCAAUGCUGUUGUGGAGGCUUGCUAGCUUGCUACAGCUCAUCAGAAGCUCAGACUGCUAACAGAUGCCAAAUCCCUCUAACAGCACUGAGUAGGAGUACAAAGCACUUCUUUUAGUAAUGCUACUAGCAAAGAAUAUUUGCUUUUUGAAUGAAUUCCCACUGUAAACACACACACACACACACACACACACACACACACACACACACGGGGUAAAAUUCCCAGCAGAGGCUUUCUUUGAUUAUAGAAAGCAGAGCAAAUACUCUGUACAUUACUAGAUAUUUACUCUCAAUCUGAUUAAAAAGGAUUUCAUCUUUGAUAGAUAAUACACAUAUUGAUUAACAUGGAUUUAUGUGACAAAUUGUUAAGGUUUUAACAGAAGAGAACCAGCCCAAAUCUUACAUAACGUGGAUGCUGGAGGCUGUUAAUUUAACCCAGUUUUCACUCCACACUUGCAGAUAGCCAAGGAACUUUUUUGCUGCCCCCAAAACAACUGAGGCUUAGCAAAGUUGGCAGUUUGUAAGGUUAGAGGAUGGAUCAUUGCUGGCAGUUUGAGUCCUUCUCAUCUUAAGGCAGGUUUUCUUCACACUGGAGAAGGACCCCCAUCCUAGGCUACAGGAAGUUGUGAAAUGUUGCUAUCCAUAUACUGCUAACCCUCUUGGCGACAGAAACCUAGAACUGCAGCCAUAGCUCAGUGGUACAGCACUUACCUGGAUGAAUAAGGCCCUGAACUCCAUCCUCAGCACUGAAAAAAGAAAAAAAGGGAAAGAUGGAAAACAGACCAAAACCAGAAGCAACCCAAGCCUUACUUGUAUCCCAUAGCUCAGGGCUAGCUGGCUAGAAAUUACUUUUAUUUUCCCCUCAGCUGCUGAUCGCUUGAGAGUCAGCCAUGCAACAAGCCCCAUGACAAUCAGAACAGCCAUCUUUUUUGGCCGAUAGAAAAUGUUCACCUACAUUCAUUUUAUACUUAGGAAUGCCCACUUCAGCCUUUUUACCCCAUAGUUUCGCUAUUUAACCAGUGUCUUCACAUGGACAUUCCCUUGUGAAUCUGUAAGUCAUAAAAAUGUGUUUUCAUGAGGACAAGAGAAAGAUGAAAUUCUGUGUGUGGUGCUGGGAAUACAACCCAGGGCUUUGUGUGCUAUACAAGUUCUCUAACAACAUGUCUAGCCAGCAAUAAGAUUUUAAGUCUGGAACUGUCAACAAUAAAUAAGUAGGGAUGAGCAUGAAAGUAUCACAAAAGACAGUCAAUGAAUUUGUAGCAUGCACAUCUUCAGAGCCACUUGGUCAUGUGCGGAAGCUUAAACAUGUGGCUGUGUUUAAAUCAGUAAAACACAGUAGAGGAUUAAGCAUAGCAAGUACAAAUGACUCAAGCCAAAAGAUUAAUUGGGAUUAAGUUUGACUAAUUCAGAAAUUCGAGUCCCUCUGCCUGUCCUUGUCUGUAAGUGAAGUUCACUGACAUUAAAAAUGUGGAUUAUCCCGCAGAAAUUUUAUAUUUUCUAGAACCCUUCCUCAAUUAUAGUGUACCUAAAAAUGAAAAGUGCUUUGGUCUGAAAUAAGUUGCCACUCUUUAUAGAUACUGCAAGAAUCCUCAGUAGUCCUCUUUUACAUUGUGUUAUUUUUUUAAAUACCUCUGUAGCAAAACCUAGAUGAAUUGAGUGAGCUCCCCCCCCCCACACACACACACAAUCUUAAGACUAUCUGUCAUAGAACUGCAUGGUUCCAAAGCUUUAUUUCUGUGCGGAUGCUAUGUGUUAAUGAUGGAAACCAAAUUGUUUGUUGCUGUGUCUUUUGUGUCUAGCAGUUGAGUAGAUGGUAUAACUGUAAUUUCAUUAGAUUCUGGAGAUAACCUUUUCAAAAUAAGUUUCUUUUUAUUAUUAUAGCUGUUGCUUUAGUUAUAAAAUGAGCCAUUUUCACCCAAAUUACAAUAAUUAAAAUGAAGUCCAUUUUUAAGAGGAUGAGGUCUCACUCAUUAUAUUGUGUAAACUAGUCUAAAUUCCAUGGCACUAAAUAAUUUGAUUCUCCAAUGUCAGCCACCUGGGUGGCUUAUUUUGCUUUAACAUGAUGAGCUAGGUCACUCCUUUGUGUUAUUUUAAAGGGAUAGUUUAUAGUUUCAGCUAACAAUGUUCUGGAUUAUAGAAAGUGGAAACAUUUGUCUUGGGCAGAAAAUGGCAAUUUAAGAAUGCUACAAUAACAAAUUUCUUAGCGCUGUGCAACAAAUUAAGAACUUAAGUAAUGACCAAAAUAUUUUGCAAAUAAAAACUGUUCACAUACUAUUUUGUCCCCAAAUGCAGUAAAUCAUUCCCUCAACCGCAGAUGUUUGGACUUUUUCAAGUUACAGUGUUGUAUUGCCUGUUUGUCAUUAGAAGUGUGCAUUAUAUAGCUCAUUUCAGUAUGCUACUUUUAUUGUUUUUUUAUUCUUUUAAUAAAGUUUGCAAAUUCC